AGCUUGGCCGGAUACUUUUCCGAGGGUAGUGUAUCUAGUCUUCUGCAAUAUCUGGAAACAAAUUCUGAUAUACGUUAUGAUGGUGCUCUUUUAAUGCCUUUUUAUUUGGGCUUGACUACAAAAGAAAAUGUUGAGUGGUUACAUGGUUAUGUUUCAGAAACCUAUUCUAAUUUGUUUGAGGAAAUACGAGAACUAUAUAAAGUAGAAUUAGCACGCGAUAAAUUAUUUAAAACAGCAAAACGAAAAGCUGAAGAAAUAUCAAAUGAGAUGGAAAGUAUUACCGCAAAUAUCUCAGGCAAUAGCUUUGCAACUAAGGUUGUCACAAAGCAAUUGUUAAAAUAUUACAAAACUGAUGAAAUUGAAUUUGAUGAAGAAUCACAAAUGGCUAAUAAUAAUCUUGUUCAAAAGCUGAUUCAAAAAGGAAAGUUGGGAUCAACCAUAUUUAUCAACACUACAGAAUAUCUUAGCUUGGUAGUUGCUCAACCAUGCUCGACUUGUAAUAAUUUUAAAGUUAGCACUACAUGUAAGCAAUGUCAUACUAUUACUAUAUUUACAAAUGAAUCUACCAAAAUGAAUUUUUUGAGAGUUGUUGCAGGAGCUGGACUUUUAGGAGGUGUUAAUCAUAUUAUGCUUAAAGAUAUUGUGCAAGUGGCACAUCAAAGUGCAGAUGAGGCUUUAACAGCAGCAUUAAAUUUUAUAAAAAAACAGCUGAAAAAAAAGGAAGAAUAUAUUUUGGAAGGCAAAGGAUCUGUACAUCGUUCAAUUAUUGCUUUUCAUGUAGCUGAAAAAUCUCGGGUUUAUAAGUGA